AUGGAUGAUAUUCAUGAAGAAAUAUUGAAGCUGAAGAAGCUCUACGGAGUUGCAUUCGAUUAUGAAGGCAUCAUCUUGGCCCUGCGUAUUGCAAGAUAUUCCAAAUAUCCAAUUUUGGGUGGUGAAAAAGAAACAUUCUUUUUUGUUCUUGAAGAAGCUUGUGAACGUAAAGAUUUGAAUACCGAUGAUUAUUUUGCUUUUGCUUUACAUGAUGAUGAGAGGAUACAACUUCACGACAAGUUUAUGGAAAGAUCAAAUGUUAUUGGUGUUACUGAAAUUGCAGAGAUGGGAACUGAACUUACUGGGAUACCAUCUUCUUGGUUUGUGAAGCUCAAAGAUUCAAUUAUAAAUUCUCUUUUGGUGCCAAAGGUUGAUAGUAAUUCUUCAGGGAGGCCACUGGGAUUGUUUCUUUUUGUGCGUUCUAAUGGUGGUUAUAAAUAUAAGCUCGCUGAAGCUAAUGCCAAUGAGCUUUACGAAGAAGAAGAUAAUUGCCUUAUCCGAAUUGACAUGGAAAAAUAUACGGAUCCUGAUUCAGCUUCAUGUCUUGUUGGUACAUUUGUUAACACUCUGAAGAAUAAGCCAUACAGUGUUGUAAUCUUAGACAAAAUUGACAAGGCUCACUCUUCGGCUAUGGAUGCCUUGGUCAGUGCUCUAAAUCCCGAAAAGGGUAUUGAUUUCAGAAACGUAUUAAUUAUAUUGACAUGUUAUAUUGAAGAUGAAGAUAUGUAUGAGCUCAGCCAUGCUUCUGGUCUGGGGAAAGAAUAUGAAGAGGCGACAACCUUUGUGAAACCUGAAUUGCUUCAAGUGGUGGAUGAGAUUGAUGGAGUAGCAGAAAAAACAACUAGAUAUGUUGACACGGAGCUUUCUGAAUAA